GAGAAGCAAAGCUCGGCGGCUCAAACUCCGCCGACCAAAUACCGAAAAUACCCUCUCUUUUUCUAAUAAUGGGUUCUUGAUUCUGUUUUGAGUUUCUCGUAAAGAGCGAACCAGCUUUAGUUACGCAGACACGUAAGAUCUGACAAAGAAAUGAAAAAUUUCUCAAGAUACUUUUCUUUUUCUUAACAUCUCUUGCGCCUUCGUUUAAGGGCUUACUGUUCGUUGGUCAGAGUAUCGACAAGAAGACGAUCAACCUACCUACAAUCAUCUGAGCUUCACUUUGAUCUUUGUUUGACUUCCCGAUCAACUUAACAGGGCCUGAAGAUGAGGCCUGAGUUUCCAGGGCUAUGGAAGGUAGUAGAGAGCAGACGUCUUCUAUGGCUAAUGGGACUCACAUUUGCUCUCAUCGUCACUUUUCAAUACAUCGAGCUUCCGAACACUAUCUCCUCCCUCUUCUCUUCCACCAAGCUUCCCUUCUCAAGAAACUCAUCUUCACUCACAAGAGACAGCCAGCAUCAUAAGAGUAACUUGGCUCCAGCUAUGGCACCUAGCUAUCCUCAAAAGAACGCUUCUCUGGUGGAUGAUUCUGGUGGUGGAGGAGAUGAUGAGGAAGUUGAGGUUGAUAAGAUCUUUGACAACAAUGGAAACGCAACCGCUCCCACCGUUUCACCUUCUCAGGUAAAGGAAAACGCAACCGCUCCCACCGUUUCACCUUCUCAGGUAAAAGAAAACGCAACCGCUCCCGCCGUUUUGCCUUCUCAGGUAAAAGAAAACGCAACCUCACCUGCAGCUAGUGCUAAGCCCCCUGCUGCCUUACCUCUAGUAAAAGAAAACGCAACCGCAACCGCACCUGUGGCUAGUGCUAAGUCCCCUGCUUCCUUACCAAUUCCAAACCCGUCUCCGGUUAAGGACAACGCAACUAGCCAUGUAGAGGACAAGAACUCAACUAAAACAGAUGUUCCUGGUGUGUCUCCCGUUGUGAGAUUUGUUCCUGACGUGAAGAAGUACUCAAAAACGCCUGAUUCAAGAGUGAUGUCGAUAUCAGAGAUGAGCAAGCAGCUGCGUCGAAACCGUAUUACACAUAAUCGUCUAGCAAAGAAACCAAAAUGGGUUACUAAACCGGACUUGGAGCUUCUACAAGCAAAGUACGAGAUCGAGAACGCACCUAUAGAUGACAAAGACCCUCUCCUUUACGCACCUCUUUACCGCAACGUCUCCACGUUCAAAAGGAGCUAUGAGUUGAUGGAGAAGAUGUUGAAGGUUUACGUUUACAAAGAAGGAGACAAACCUAUCAUGCACAGUCCAAUACUCAGAGGGAUAUAUGCAUCAGAAGGCUGGUUCAUGAAACUUAUUGAAUCCAACAACAACAAGUUUGUCACAAAGGACGCUUCCAAAGCUCAUCUUUUCUACUUACCCUUUAGCUCUCGGAUGCUAGAGGUCACUCUAUACGUGCAAGACUCUCAUAGUCACCGCAACCUCGUUCAGUAUCUUAAAGACUACAUAGACUUCAUCUCGGUUAAGUACCCUUUUUGGAACCGAACCUCUGGAGCGGAUCAUUUCCUUGCAGCUUGCCAUGACUGGGCGCCUUCAGAGACACGCAAUCACUUCGCAAAGAGUAUUAGGGCUUUAUGCAACUCUGAUGUUAAAGAAGGCUUUGUCUUUGGUAAAGACACGUCAUUACCAGAGACAUUCGUUAGAGAUCCCAAGAAACCACUAAGCAACAUCGGCGGCAAAUCUGCCUCCCAAAGGCCAACGCUAGCUUUCUUCGCUGGCAAGCCUGACCACGGCUACCUUAGACCGAUCCUGCUCUCUUACUGGGGCAACAACAAAGACCCCGACCUAAAAAUAUUCGGGAAGCUUCCGAGGACCAAAGGAAACAAGAACUACCUCCAGUUCAUGAAGACGAGCAAGUACUGUAUCUGUGCCAAAGGGUUUGAAGUGAACAGUCCUAGAGUGGUCGAGGCUAUAUUCUACGACUGUGUUCCGGUUAUUAUAUCUGAUAACUUCGUGCCGCCGUUUUUCGAGGUUUUGAACUGGGAGUCGUUUGCGCUAUUCGUGGCGGAGAAGGAUAUACCUAACUUGAAGAAGAUUCUGAUGUCGGUGUCGGAGCGUAGGUACAGGCAGAUGCAGAUGAGGGUAAAGAGAGUGCAGAAGCAUUUUCUGUGGCAUGUACAGCCUGAGAAGUAUGAUAUGUUUCAUAUGAUUCUUCAUUCGGUUUGGUUUAACCGGGUUUUUCAGAUUUCUGUUUAGUUAGUUUUGUGAUUCAUACAAUUCAUUUGUACAUUUCUGUUACACGGAUAAAUUUCAGUUUACAGAUUCCAUAUCAUAAAUAAAACUUGUGGUCUCAUUUGUA